AUGCAGAGCUUUAGAACAAAUGAUAAUGUCACGAUAAAGUACAUUGAUACUGGGUUGUUGGGUGGGGGUGAAGACCUUCAGAAGCCUUUGUUGAUGCUGAUCCACGGUUUCACAGGUUCAUCAGCAGUAUGGCAGCGCAACAUCCCAUCCCUCUCCAAGGAGUACAGAGUUAUCGCCCCGGAUCUUCGAGGGCAUGGUGAUAGCGAUAAGUGUAGACAUGGGUACCAAGUCAUGAGACUGGCAAAGGAUUUAAGAGAACUAGUGCUAUUAUUUGAAGACCCAGAAGCUGUUGACUCCAAACAAAAGCUUUGGAAGGCAGUUGGAGGCAGCUUAGGGUGCUCGAUUCUAUGGUGUUACGCCUCCCUCUUUACCACCAACCCCUUCACCCACAUGGUAUUUGUAGACCAGUCCCCCCUCCAAAACAGCGACCCCACCUCAGGCUGGGAUCACCGUUUCUGCAACCGUUCGAUGAACAACGCUCUCGCGCUUUCCUCCUUCCAGACAACCCUCGCUCUUUCACCCGCCACCGCUCAUAGAGGUACAAUUGCUGCAUGCCUCUCUUACCUCGCAUAUCCAUUACCAACCGACAUACAAACCUCGGCCGAGCGUACCAGCGACGAGGAAUUCUUCCUCCGCGAAGCAAUGAAAGGUGAUCCCUGGUGGUACGGGAAGCUAAUGGCGGAUCAUACCGCGCUGGAUUGGCGCCAUGCUAUCCAGGCAUCCUUUGGGCCAGGAAGCGGAAGUACGACGAAGGUGCUUGUGAUUGCGAGUACUAGAAGUGGAUGUUUUCCCUCUGCAGGGCCGAUCACUGUUGCUGGGUUGGUGAAUGAUGGGGCGGAGGAGAAGAGGGCGAAGAGAGUGGUGGUACAUUGGGGCGGGCAUUGGCUUUAUUGGGAGGGUCCGGAGAGGUUUGCGAGGAUGUGUUUGGAGUUUUUUGGGGAUUUAGAGGUGGUGGAUGCGUGA